AUGCCAAUCUGUAUCGAGUGUAGACACCCUGUCAAGACGCUAUGGACCAAAUACUCGGGCGCUGGUGACCAGUCCAGCGGACACAACAUUCGCCUAAGCGUCUGCCGAAAUUGCGGUUUCUUUUGCGACAAGUAUGUCGAGCAUGACUUUGUCGUCAUCUUCAUAGACUUGGUCUUGAUCAAGCCGCAGGUAACUAUGGCCUUGGGUGCUUGUACCGUCUGCCGCGUCGAGGAGGAGCCGUCCUGGCAUCUCCUCCACAACACCUUGAUGCGGAAUGGCGAUCGGUUCGAUGUAUGUACAACUAACUGUCUGUCGCAUUGGCCGUGUAUACACGAGACCAUUUUGAGUCCUUCUCCUUGCUGGCACUCGUGGCGUGCCAACGCUGAUACUGAACACGUGCUAACCAACACGCCCGCCUUUCACUCGGAGCAGCCUUCCAUCAUCCGACUGGGCAUCCUGCUGCUGCUGUUUGAUGUCUAUCUGACGUGGGAGCGCAUCGAGAAACGGGCCGGUCCAGCCAUGUUCCCUGGUGGAGGCAACCUAGGCAACCUGGCCCAGCAGCCCAUUACGGUCCAAUACCUCUUCUUCUUAGUUCUCUGCACAUUAUCAACACUGGCAUUCCAUCUUAUUAUUCGAUUUCUCACCUGCUCGUCGUAUUCACCCUUUGAUAUACUGGGUAUCAUGCCGCGAUAUGCACGUCCAAAUUCGGUCUCGACGGCAUUGCUCUUAUCUUCCUACACGAAGCUAUUCCCAAUUCUCAUGGUUAUAUGGAAGUAUGACAUCCCUGCUGCAGCUAGGCCCUUGGGCUGGGCAGUCGUAGCGAAUAAUAUCGAGGCUCUGAGAAUUCUGUUGGAUUGUAAAUAUUAUACAGCUUGUAUCCUUGCACUAGCCGGCGCAACCUCGCGGUGGGCUGCAGGACGAUUUAUUCUUAUAGCUGCCGGGCUUGGUGAUGUUGAUUCCAUCAGUGAGAGCAGCGUCGCUGCUGAUGGGAGGGCUCUCUGGGCUUUGUUCCUGUUGAUCAGGGACUGGGCCGGUCGAUUGGCCGUGGGUUAA